ACGGCAAAGUCCGCCACGGUAGGAAGCCGGCGUCCGGAAUCUCUUUUGGCAGUGGGUCUUGGCGGCGUGGGGGCGGCGGGGCUAUGAGGCAGAAGCACUACCUUGAGGCUGCGGCGUGGAAACUGCGAGACAGCUGCCCGGGCCAGGCCCGCUAUCUCCUCUGGGCCUACACUUCGUCACACGAUGAUAAAAGUGCUUUUGAAGGAACAUGUCCAUACUGUUUCCAGUUGCUGGUUCUGGAUAACUCUCGAGUGCGCCUCAAACCCAAGCCCAAACUGACACCCAGAAUACAGAAACUUCUUAAUCGAGAAGCAAGAAAUUAUACACUCAGUUUUAAAGAAGCAAAAAUUGUGAAAAAGUACAAAAACUCCAAAAGUGUACUGUUGAUUACUUGUAAAACAUGCAACAGAACAGUGAAACAUCAUGGUAAAAGCAGAAGCUUUCUAUCAGCACUGAAGAGCAGUCCUACCACUCCUACGAGUAAACUGAGCCUGAAGACACCAGAGAGAAAGACUCUAAGUUCUGCAAACCUAAAUCAUGAUAUGUCUGGUUCCCAAGACAAGAGCCCAGCAUUGAUUUUCAGAACACCUACAUCUGGACAGUCAACACCCACUUGCUCCUCAAGAAAUGUGAGCAAAACAAAGAAACACUUCUCUCAACUAAAAAUGUUGCUUAGUCAGAGUGAAUCCCAGAAGAAUCCAAAGGUGGACUUCAGAAGUUUCUUAUCUUCUUUAUAAAACAUGGACUGUGAAAAUAAAAAAUGUUGCGGGCCAGCCCCGUGGCUUAGCGAUUAAGUGCGCAUGCCCCACUACUGGCGACCUGGGUUCGUAUCCGGGUGUGCACCAACACACCGCUUCUUCGGCCAUGCUGAGGCAGCGUCCCACAUACAGCAACUAGCAGGAUGUGCAACUAUGACAUACAACUAUCUACUGGGGCUUUGGGGGGGAAAAGGGGGAAAAAGAGGAGGACUGGCAAUAGAUGUUAGCUCAGGGCCGGUCUUCCUCAGCAAAAAGAGGAGGAUUAGCAUGGAUGUUAGCUCAGGCUGAUCUUCCUCACAAAAAAAAAAAAAAUGUUUAAUGCAGUUUCUGAAACUAAAGUUACUCAGAAAAAAACAGCUUUUUUUAAAACUUUUAUUUAUUCUUUAAAUACAUGGAAACUAGGGUCCAGGAGCAAACUUGUUUUGGCAUUCUUCAGUGUUUAGGGAGAAAAUAUCUCAUUAGAAUGAAUAACUGAAACCUGCCUAUCUCACAGGGUAGUUAUGAGGAUCAAAAAUACAUGAAAUGUCCUUGUAAAUAGUAAAGAUAUAUAUGGAUAUUGAGUGGUUAUAUUAUUAUUUUCUCUUCCCUUAAUUAGCAGUUUUCAUUAUGUCAUUUUAUUUCAUAAGGAAAUUGAGACCUUUAUGAGAAAAUCUACUCACUCCUUUCUAGGUGUCUAUACCCUUAUUGCUAAUUCAGAAAAAGGAUCACGUAUGUGUGUCCUAGUUUUCCCACACUCAUCUGUGUUAACUAUAUAUUAGUAAAAUCUUAACAUUACUCCUAUUUUGCAUGCAGAAGUAAAUAUAUGGGCCAUUCUUGACUGUAGAUGAUUUAAUCAUAUACCAAAAUUUUCAUUUUUGCAACUUUCUAUAGUAGUGCUUCACCAGAAGUGGCAUUUCAUUUUCUCUGGUGAAGACUUAUUUCUAGGCCUCAAAUUUACACCAGAACAUAACAAAGUAACAGUUUAGCUACUUGAACUCUUUUCUGGAACACAGAUAUACUUUUUUAAAAUGAUAGGCUAGGAUUUUAUUCAACCUUUUUUUUUUUUUUCCGCUGAGGAAAAUUGGCCCUGGGCUAACAUCCGUGCCCAUCUUCCUCUACUGUGUAUGUGGGAUGCCUGCUGCAGCAUGGCUUGAUAAGCAGUGUGUAGGUCUGCAUCCGGGAUCUGAACCCGUGAACCCUGGGCUGGCUGCCGAAGCAGAGUGCGCGAAUUUACCCACUAUGCCACUGGGCCAGCGGCCCCUUCAACCUAUCAUUUAAAAACUCUUUAAAUAAAUAAUUUAGAUACUUUAA